AUGUACGAGAUCGGCGAGAGCGCACGCUCUCGGGUCUCCGGUGCGUCGUCCGUCGUGGACGACCGCGGCUCUGGCGGCUCUGGCGCGCUCAGACCUUCCAGGGCUGGUGGACUAACGUUAACACGCGUUGCCACCGACGCGCCAACUGCGGCGAGCGUUUCUGAGGCUGACCGCAGCACGAUGAACGGCAACGGCGAGCCAGCGGGCCGGUGGAAGCCUUGUGCCGGCAAGAAGGAGGCCUGGCCGUUCAAGUCGCUGUGGUCGCACAUGCUCGUCACCUUUUCGGGGGAGUACAUGUCUGCGCUCCGCCUCGUCGCCAUCAUGCUGCUGAUCCCACUCGACACGUCGGAGGCGGAGCGCAUCUUCUCCCUGAUGAACGACAUCAAGACGUCCGAGCGCUCUUGCCUCGGCCAGCGCAACCUGGCGAACCUGAUGUUUUGGCACUACCACGAGCGGAACAUGAAGGCGUGGGAGGUGCCGGUGCAGGAGAUCCUCAAGGAGUUUCACGAGCUCGUAAAGGGCAGCAAGCGCGGGCGCCAGGCCCACCCGGCCGCCGCCCCCAUCAAGUAUGAGCACAAGGCGGAGGACUGCCUCUAG